GUAAAUAUGAACUCUCAACCCGAAGGAAACAUGUCUGGAUCCACCCAACAAGAUGCACAUUGCAAUCCACCACAAGCGGCCGGUGGAGAAGUAGCAUCAGCCGCAACACAAGAUGGAGCUGAGACAGAUGGAUCCAGUGCGACCAUAGAUUCCGAUUCGGAUGAGCAGCAGGGCCCAGAAGGGACCCACGGACAGAGAUAUCGAUAUUCUCAAAGCCAGUUGCGUGAGAUUGGCGAACAGAUUGGGCGUCAGAUUGAGCGUCAGAUUCGGCGUCGACUUAUCUCGUCUCCACAAUAUGACUUUACGAUGCGUUUCUGGUACUAAAUGACGGCGAUGUGUGGACUGUGUCGGCGAAAAUUACACCUAAACAUCUCUUGAAAAACUUAUUUACAAAUUGUUAUUAAAUUCAUACUGUUCAAACA